UCUUAACACAGGCUUUGAACAAGCUUUCUUCCUUUUCCCAUCUAAGCACUCCGUCCCCUGCAGUUUCCCGUGCAACUUCCCGUGCAUCUCGAUCCCCGCUUCCUCCUAUCCAUGCAUCCUCGUCCUCAUCUUCCUCUUCUGCAGCCUCCCGAAUUUCCUCCCAUUCCCACUCGCAUUCUGCCCCUAUGACAAGACAGUAUGAUAGAGCACUUUCUGGCUCUGAAACAGAACGUGAAAAACGUUUAUCAACGCCUCCUCCAAGCACUAGUACAAGAGAGCGCCGCACAUCUGCUCCUGCCUCACCGAUUAGAUCUCGACAAUCUUCUCCUGCGCCCUCGCAUACUCCUCGGAAACGAGUAUCUAUCGCCAGUGCAUUAUCUGUGCAUAGAGAUGACGCAUCUUACGACGUGACGAGCGCUGCGCUAGCUGCCGUAGCAUCUUCACGACGGAGUCCAACAGGUACAGGUAGCGUUAACCGACGUUCGCGGCAACCGCUUCCAAGGGAAUUCAGAGACGGUGAUCGAGCCCGUACUUCGGAUGGCAGGACUUCCCUUGAGCCUAUGACACCACUUCACAACUCGCAUCAGGAUAGCAAUGCCAACACCUCUCGCAGAACUUCUUCGUACGCAAAUCCCAAUCCUCAAUACUCGCCACGCGGUGCUCGUGCCAACCGUUCAUCAACCGUUCGCGAACUAACACGCCGCCACCAAACGCGUUGGCUAUCGGACGAUGUUCCCAGCCUUCCAGAUUCUGGUCGCAAACAAACACAACGCGGCGGCAGCGCCGAAAGCACCCUGGGAGCUGGAGGACGUCUGGUUGGUGAAGGCCUACGUGCUGCUGGCAUAGGUAUGCGGAACGGGACCCAGGCGAACGAUGACGUCUUUGCGCACAGCAAUGACUCGCAUGUUCCUUUACGUCGCACACGGACGGCUGGCUCUAACACCCGUCGAACCGUCGAGUGGGAGGAUGAAGAUAGAGCGACGGAUGACAGGAGUCGGGCAAGUGGCUCGAGUAGCGCGCGACUCAGUGAAGGUGCAGGUCCCUUCACAAGGCCACAUCUGUCGUCAGAUCCGAGCAGAGCAUCAUCUGCACUUUUGGUUGAACGAGAUUCGAGAGGGGGGCGCACAGCUUCUUCAAGGCCAGCAACCUCGAUGGCAGAGUUCUAUCAUGGGGAGGAUGGAAGUGCUGGGAGGGGCGCGGCAUUUUUGCCCCGCUCCAGACGGCAAUACUCGGGCAUUGAGCGACAACCUUCGGGGGAAUCGCCUGGCAUCCGUCCGCUUCCUCCUCAACAAGUCCCAGCAGUACCAACACCACCAGACAGAUCACGUAGCGGCACACUUACUCGACGUCAUACCGCAAUGACACCUCUUGGGAACGGGUCGGUUUCUAGUCUUCACAGCCACCAACAGACUGCGGAGCAUACUAAGCUCAUGCUAGAGUCUUUGACCAUGUUCGAGAACAUUUUGUCCCGUCUGCCAAAUCAGUCUACGUCUGUGCCAGAUCUGUUCCGCAGCGCAGAGACCAUCGUUCUUGCUUCCGAGAAGUUGAAUGCGUUGUUGAGAACGGGUACAAAUCGAGCGCUAGAGCAACAGAUUGAGGCCGAAAUGGAUGAUGAGAGAUCGGGCGAGAUACCCACGGGUGAAAUCUGGAGGAGGGUGGGAGGGGAGUAUCGCGAGAGCCUGCGUGUGAGCGACGAAGUCGUCCGAACGAUCACAGGGUUUUUACUUGGAGUCGGCAAAAUUGUGAAGGAGGCAUCCGCUGGUGCUUUGAAUGAUCCCGGACCACAGCACUCGAGAAGCGGCCCUAGUGAUGACGUUUCCCGCCGAACACCCGAAAUAGAUAGGAGCAGUGAUAGAAGUCGACAGGAUGGAAGGAGGAGUGUGGAGUCAAGACAGAGUUGGGAGCCUUCUGCCCCCACUGCUGACUUGUCUAGAAGGCUAACUGGCCACGGUGAAGGAGUUGUCGCACGGCCGCCUUCGUCAAGAGACCGUGACCCAGAUCAGGAUCAGCCCUAUUCGUCACGCAAUUCCUUUCCUCUCCCUCCGCUGCCGCUGUCUGCUACGCGUAGGCUUUUCACACCGCGAGAACAGCGUGAUCAUCAAAUGACGUCAAAUGCACUCGCUUCUUAUAAUAUUUCAUCCGAUAUUGUUGAUCUUUCCCUGGAGUAUGAGCCCUCACCAACCCCUGCUGCUCGGGGUGUGCCUGCGGGCCACCAAAAACCACUUCCAUCUCUUGCCAUCCCCCCUCCUCUCCCCACCUUGCCUUCUGAAUCGCUUAUGGGCAGGUCGACGAGCAGUUUACUGGAUAAAAGCAACCAUCGCAAACCAUCUGCCACAUCCACUGCUACUAUCCGAGGGCUUCCCCUGCCAUUCGCCAAUCCGACUACCGCUGUAACUACCCAUACGGUAUCUAACUCCCCUGAAAACUCAACUUUCCCUCUAACCCGCGCCGACUCCAAAGACUCCGUUCGUUCGUCUGUAACCUUCUCGCGUCCUUCUGAAGUAUCACUAUCUGCGCUACAACAACAACACAUACGGGACGAGGCACGCAGGAAGGCCACUACCUCCUCUUCUAACACUGCAGAAGACGCAGAUGUUCCUCCGGCACCUUCGCCUGCUCAAGUCCGUUCUCCACUUUCUGGUUCAGAGACGGAGCGAGAUACUCGCCGGCGGACGCUUGGUGUACGAGCAGCUCGUAUGUCAUUGGACAGUAUUCGUGACGAAAGGGAAGGUGACAAUGGGGGUCCUCAGUCACGCACCGUCACUAUACCUUCGCAAAGGCGGGAGAGGCGACGGACUGUGACUGAGGUGUUUGCAUAGCGAUUGUAGGGUCAUUGCUCUCCGAUUGAUUUUUUUGUCUGCUGUCUCUCCUCUUCUCGCUGUUUGUUUAUCUUGUCUUGUUAUACAAUGUGCCUUACACUGCACGUAAGUUCUUAUGUCCUUGGCUACGAGUAUACCAUGCACGAAUAUGAUACGUCCUCCGUCGAAACACUACUGGUAUUCUUGAAGAUUAUCGUAGAGCUUCCUAAUUUUAUCCUGAUUGGCCAAAUGCAUAUUGUGAAUUAGUUGAGUUGUUUUGAAUG